AUGUUUAGUAAAUCAAAUGGUAUCCCACCAGGACAUAUUGGACUAUCAAAGGCACAUAGGAUGUGGUUACAGUUUGGUCUGAAGGAUGAGCUCAAUGUUCAUGCUUAUGACCCUGAGCCAUUGUUGGCUGCAACGUUAACAUUCAAGAUUGAUUACUUGGCUGCAAAGAAGUCAUCUGUUAAGCACGAUGCCAAGCUCAUCGCACAGCACAUCAUCAGAGACUAUGCCAACCAGUACUUCACAGAGGGACAGCAGAUGUACAUCAACUUUGACCAAUGCAACAUGAAGUUGCAGGUGUCCAAGCUCGAGCUGACCAAGGAGAGUGGCGACCCCCUCAACAAGCAGGGUUUGCUCAGCACCACGACACAGGUGAUCCUUGUCAAGAUGGAGAACGGCUCGAUGGAUCUCGAGUCCAAUGGCCCAAUGGUUACCAAGGAGAUCUUCAAACAGGAGUGGGACUUCCAGAACAUGGGCAUCGGAGGUCUGGACCGCGAGUUCCAGGACAUCUUCCGUCGUGCCUUUGCCUCGAGAAUCUACCCUCCCGCCAUCAUUGCCAAGAUGGGUGUGCAGCACGUCAAGGGUAUCCUGCUCUUUGGUCCACCAGGAACUGGAAAGACGCUCAUUGCCAGACAGAUCAGCAAGAUGUUGAAUGGACGCGAGCCAAAGAUCGUCUCUGGUCCAGAGGUGUUGGGUCGCUAUGUCGGUCAGCCCGAGGAGAACAUCAGAAACCUGUUCAAGGACGCAGAGAUUGAGUACAAGCAGAGAGGAGAUGACUCACAGCUGCAUGUGAUCAUCUUUGAUGAGAUCGACUCAAUUUGUAAGACUAGAGGAACAAAGACUGGAGACGCAGGUGUCAACGACUCGAUCGUCAACCAGCUGUUGGCCAAGAUCGAGGGUGUCGAGUCGCUGAACAACAUCUUGGUCAUUGGUAUGACCAACAGAAAGGACAUGAUCGAUGAGGCCCUGCUCCGUCCAGGCAGACUCGAGGUGCACGUCGAGAUCUCGCUUCCCGACGAGCCAGGCCGUGAGCAGAUCUUCAAGAUCCACACUGCCAAGAUGAUGGCCAACAAGAUGCUGUCUCAAGACGUCGACUUGCGCUACAUGGCCGCUCACACUAAGAACUUCAGUGGUGCUGAGAUAGAGGGUGUCGUCAAGGCAGCCACCUCAUAUGCCUUUGCGCGCCAGGUCGACACCAAGAACAUCCGUAACGUCCAGCUCAAGCCCGAGGAGCUCAACGUCAACGCCAGCGAUUUCAACCGUGCCCUGCGCGACAUCAAGCCAGCGUUCGGUGUGGAUGAGGAGCAGUUCAGAAACUACGCAAUCAACGGCAUCAUCCAGUUCGGUCCAACCUUUGAGAAGAUUCAGGCAUCUGGCCAAGCAUUCAUUGAUCAAGUGCGUAACUCUAGCCGCACACCAUUGGUUUCUGUCCUGCUGCCAGGCAAGCAAGGCUCUGGUAAAUCAUCUUUAGCCUCCACUCUUGCCUCCAAAUCUGGAUUCCCAUACAUUCGUAUCAUCAGUCCCGAUGACCUUGUCGGUUUCACCGAGGCAGCCAAGUCUGCCAAGAUUACAAAGAUAUUCGAAGACUCAUACAGAUCACCACUUAGCUGCAUUGUAGUUGAUGACAUUGAGAGAUUGAUUGAGUUUGUCCCAAUUGGACCACGUUUCUCCAAUACAAUCCUUCAGACAUUGAUGGUGUUGUUCAAGAGAACACCACCAAGUGGCCGCAAGCUGUUGGUGUUGGCAACGACAUCGAAUCGCGAAGCCAUCAGAGAUCUUGGUCUGGACGAGUGCUUUGCCACUGCUCUCAACGUGCCAUCGAUCACCAGGCCCGAGGAGUUUAAGAAUGUGCUGUUGGAGCUCGACGUGUUCUCUUCAAGCGAAGCUGACGCAGCCACCAAGGCUUGCUUCCCAGAGGGCACAACCAUAACCAUCAAGCAACUGAUUAUGGUCAUUGAGAUGGCUAGACAAGAGAGAGGCAACCUCAUUGACAACCUCAAAAUGGAGUUGGCCGAUCUGCAAACUCGCUAUUUCUAA